GAUUCGAUUGGAUUCAAGGGCCUUCAAUCAAUUUAAGAUGAUAAUAUAUAUGUACAUAACACAGUCUGUAACAUUUUACCGAAAGUAACAAAAAAUACAAGGCAAUUCUGAUGUUUUGGAGAAUUUUCUUUCUCAAACAUUUCAUACAUCUGAAUGAAAACUUAUUUUUAACCCGUUCAAUGCCACUGACCAUCAUAGACAUCAAAUCCAUUCUGAACUGGGAUGGCUAGCAUUGGGUGAUCAUGUUUGACUGCAAUUGACAGCGAUAGACGUCCAAUCCAAAUUGACUGCCAGGCCUCCCAGUCAAAAUGAAAUGGACUUUUAUCACAGUCAAUGGCAGCCAAACACUGAUCAAAAAAAUGACCAAGUCGAUCAAUGUUUUGCGAUGCAAUCAAUUUCGAUUCGAUUGUGCUUAACCAAUUAUCUGGGUAAAUUUGAAGUCAGCUACCGGUUUUUAACCGCUCAUCACCAUGUUGUUGCCGGCCACACACAAAGCUUCCCUGUGGGCCGCAGGAAUACGGCAUACGUGUUGUGACUAGAUGGACACAGGUGUGACGGCUGCGGUGGAUUUCACACUGCGGCCGAGCCACUGAGGAGAGUUAGUGUGCUUGAGGAAUGUAAGGUUUGAGGGGGAGUCAAACCAAACCUAGAAUGUCCCUCAGAAGAGCGCAUACCUCUGCCAAGCCCCCAAAAUUGGAAUUUUCUUUCAUAGGCAUCCUGCGCACAUAUUAAAUUCCUAUCUAAUGAAAUAGUUAUUUUUUAAAUGCCAUUCAUAGGUUAGGAGCCAAUGAGUUAAAUAAUAAUGUUUUUGUUGGAACUCAAGUUUAUAGGAUAAGGUAAAAGAUGUCAGUCUUUCUCCCACACCGUGACUUGACCUUUUUCUGCACUCAGCGUGAAACAAAUGUUACAAUGACAAUGCGGCUGUCACAGCUGUUGUUGUUUCAGGUCCUGCUUCCGUAUUUCUCGCUGCUCUCACUGUAUUUCUAGGGAUGCACGUGGCAGGGUUGGUCAAUACAGCGGAUGAAAAAUGUAGUAUACCUUCUUGUACCGCCAUCACUAACAUUAUUUGCUACUACAACGACACAACAACUGACCACAAUUGUGUCUCCAAGCUGAUGACUGUGCAGCACUUUCCCGCUUAAUUGGACUUUUCCCGACCGCUGAUGAUUCCCCCAGCAGUCUGACCCCCUCUGUCUUCCUAUUCAGCAAGUGACAUAGCAGUUGCUCUGCUGUGGCACAUUUAUUGGCCCUUAUUAGGCAGCACCUGUAGUCCAUUAAACGGCUCAGAAUAGAGGUUGUCCGUGUGUCUCUUUGUAUUGUCGCUGUGGUGAGAGGAAAAUUUCUUUUGGUGUGUUUGGUCGGUGGGAGAACAAUCCUGGAAUGUUCAAAGUCUACUGAAGGGACUUUUUGAAAGAAGCUUUUUGUUGAAAGUUGACCUUUGGCAUGAAAAUGGGGUCGGUGGCGUAAGCUGAGCAGCCGGCCGUCUCUGAGCUCCGAUGCCUGUGGACAUGCAGCCGCACCAGGGGCUGUAUCACUAUGACACCUCGCCUGGACAGCCCCCCAGAGGUUUACUGCCACAAGACCAGUCUCCAUACUGUGAAGUCCCCUCAUUGCGAGCACCGUUACUCAACGGCCCUCCUCAGGACUGCAGAACCAUUUACAAUCCAAUGACUUCCACUAUGGGUCACGGAUCGGCACCAGUGCAGAGCAUCAGUCACUGUCACUUGGACCAAUACAUGAGGCCUCCCCAGGCUCCACCGCCCCUCGGGAUGAUGGGACACAGAAGCAUGACGUCCACGGAAGGCAACAACGCCCCCUACUGCAACCAGAACAACAUGAUGUCUUCCCAUCCCAACUUCUGCCAGUCAAACUCUGAUCAGAUUAGCUCGGGUGAUGGUUCAAGAUUCUCUACACCGCGCUCAAUGCUGAAAUUGAGCAAGAAACGAGCGCUGUCCAUCUCGCCGCUGUCUGACCCUAGCGUGGACCUGCAGACGGUCAUUCGGACUUCGCCCAACUCUCUUGUGGCCUUUGUAAAUGCUCGCUGUACGCCCAACGGGAACGGCGGCAGCUCGUACGGGCAUCUGUCUGUAAGCUCCAUGAGCCCAUCACUAGGCUAUUCCAGUAGCAUGAACUGCCAAUCAAGGCCUCAGGGCUCCAUGUAUGGGGGAGUAGGCGGGAGUACAACGCACACACCAGGCCCGUGCCAGGCUUCUCGGCUUCCCGCACACAACCCUCGUCUCCACGUGCCGCCUAAACAUGGACAACUAAAAACCGAGCCGGGGCUGGGAGUGGGGAUGGAUGCCAUGACUAUGAAAAACUUGGAGGAGAGAUCUGAGGGAGAUUUGGCCAGCCCUUCAUCCACCGGUACUCAGGUACCAGAACAAGAUCCCCUCUUGGGUUUGCUGGAUGGCAGAGACGACUUGGAUAAGGAGGAUGGGAAACCCGAACCUGAGACCAUCUAUGAAACAAACUGCCAUUGGGAGAGCUGCAACAAGGAGUUUGACACGCAGGACCAACUCGUUCACCAUAUCAACAAUGAGCACAUCCACGGCGAGAAGAAGGAGUUUGUUUGCCACUGGCAAGAGUGUUCUCGUGAGCAGAGGCCCUUUAAGGCCCAGUACAUGCUUGUGGUUCACAUGCGCAGGCACACAGGGGAAAAGCCACACAAGUGCACUUUUGAAGGUUGCAACAAGGCGUACUCCCGUUUAGAGAACCUAAAGACACACUUGCGCUCUCACACUGGGGAGAAACCCUACGUGUGUGAGCAUGAGGGCUGCAACAAAGCCUUCUCCAAUGCCUCCGAUCGGGCUAAACACCAGAAUCGAACACACUCAAAUGAGAAACCCUACGUUUGCAAGAUUCCCGGCUGCACCAAGCGGUACACGGACCCGAGCUCGCUACGUAAACAUGUAAAGACAGUACACGGUCCAGAGGCCCACAUCACCAAGAAGCACCGAGGCGACACAGGCCCUAGACCGCCUGGCUCAUCUAUGACCCCUGGAGGUCCGGGCACUGAAUUGCUGCUGGAGAAGGAGGAGAAACGCCGGGAGGACUGUAAACUAAUGGCUCCCGAUACUAUUCUGAAAUCCCAGCCAAGCCCUGGUGGCCAGUCAUCAUGCAGCAGUGAACGUUCCCCUCUGGGCAGUACAAAUAACAAUGACAGUGGUGUGGAGAUGAACCUUAAUGCGGCAGGCAGCCUGGAAGACCUCACAGCCCUGGAGGAUGGUGGAACAGCUGGGGCUGGCGCCGGGGAAGCAGGAAGCGGGACGGCAACAAUGGGAAUGUCAGCUCAGGCUCUCAAAAGGCUGGAGAACCUAAAGAUUGACAAACUGAAGCAAAUCAGGCGACCAGCGCCCCCUAGCCGUUGUCUCCCCAACAAGCUACCAGCGCUUCCUUGUUCAAGUGAUUCAAUGGGAAUGUGCGCGCCAUCAACACUUCUCUCAAAUCGGCGCGUCAUGGAGCUGUCCAGUCAUGAGCUUGGAGGCGGGACUUCUAUCAGCGCCAAUGCCAACGACCGGAGAGGAAGCGGGACGAGCAGCCUGAGCUCCGCCUACACAGUCAGCCGCCGUUCCUCCAUGGUGUCGCCUUACUUGUCCAGCCGGCGCUCCAGUGACGUCUCUCAGAUGGCCGCUGCAGGUGGAUGCCACCUUCUCGGCCAAGAUCAAAGCGGUGGGGAUCCCCUUUCCCCGGAAACUAGUCGUAGAGGAGCUCCCUGUCCAGGAGGUGGCGCGCUGCCUGGCCUUUCCAACCUGACACCAGCCCAGCAGUACAGUCUGAAGGCCAAGUAUGCUGCAGCCACCGGUGGUCCACCGCCUACUCCCUUACCUGGAAUGGAUCAGCCGGGCACUCCCGGCAGACGAGGAGGCAUUAUGAGCAACUACCAGGGGCAACCUCUGCCUCCAUUCCUUCAGCAAAGUGGUACGCGUCGGCACAGUGCCAAUACAGAGUACGGCACAGGUGUGAUCUACCCUCACCAGGCUCCGGGUAACACAAAUAGAAGGGCUAGUGACCCGGUGAGAUCGAUAGCAGCAGACCAGCUAGCCCUCCCAAAACGGUUCAACAGCCUCAACAAUAUAUCCAUGAUGGGCCGGAGAAAUGCUUUGCAACACCAAGACCACCGCAGUACUGGAAUCGCACGUCAUAUGUAUUCUCCUCGGCCCCCUAGCAUUACAGAGAAUGUCAUGAUGGAAUCCAUGGGUAUGGACUCCCAGCUACCCCCUUUGAAUGCGAGAGAUCAUUCCAUGGUGAUCCCACCUGGUGAGAGGAGCUUCAUGGGAUACCAGCAGCAGCAGAUGGGAGGUAGCGGACCACUUUCGAACCAACUAUCUCCAAGCCAUGACCCUUUGGGAUGCCCGGACCAAAGUUACAUGAAAGGGCAUUACCAGAACCAAGGAGGGGAAGUCGCUCCCAGGGUAGGUGGAAAUCCUCUGGGUCUAGCGAGGCCUGUUCAACCAGACGUAAUUUCUAAUACACUUCUUCAACAGGCAGAGUACAGUAUGAGCAACUGUCAACUCAGUCCAUCAGGCCACCAUUACCAGACCUUAGGUCAAGGAGUCGAGGCCAGAACUGGUCAAUGGCGCGACGGCCAGAGCCACGCCCAAAGUGCUCUCCAGGACCAACGCAGCCUGCCGUAUUCAGAAGCAAAUAUGGCGCCUCAGCAGGCACAAGUCCACUUUAACAAUCAAACGGGCCUUUAUAACAAUGCAGAGGGAGCUCAUAAACUCACCAUCAAGCCUGAGCAGCAGUUCCACCCUGGCAUGGGGGAUGCUGAUGCCUGUCAAAGUGCUAAGCUUCAGCAGCAGCAGCUCCACCUCCAGCAGGUCCAGGGUUACAAUCCACAGACUGGCGCUCGAGCCAUGAUGAGUAACUCAAACAGUGUGACCUGUGACUAUCAAGAACAGAACCAGAACUCCUUCUCCAGUGGUGGAGGCUUGAGUUUGGGAUGCGCUGGUACCACUCUUUCUGAAGGCCAGAGGUCUGAAACACCCAUGAUGCAGGUAAAGGAGAUGAUGGUGAGGAACUAUGUGCAGUCUCAGCAAGCCCUCAUGUGGGAGCAGCAACAAGAACAGCAGCAUAGUCCAGUAAAACCACCUUCACUUUCUGACAACUUGGAUCUGGCCGGACAGGCAUCAUUAAUGCAACACAGUCCCCAGAACCAAAAUAUGUACUCGAACCAGUCCUUCGCUUCCUAUCCCAAUCAGAACCUUAUCAUGAGCCCUCCGACACAUAGCCGAGAAUCCAGCUCGGCCAUACUUAAAGAGCAGAUGAUGGGGCUCCAAGGUGCUUGCUACAGUCAGGAAAUGGUGGUCCCCAGGCCCCCUCCUCAAGGACGGAAACCUCUGAGUCGCCAGAACAGCUUAUCACAAGGCGGUGGAAGCUACAUGGGAAGUCCACAACAACUCAGCCCGUCCCACUCAGUUUCCAGCCCAAGAAGACCCAUCCGACUGCCUCCAGUCCAGCACCCACAGCAACCACAGCAUGAAAUGUUCUCUUCCAAUAAUAAUGUGUACUACUCAGGCCAUGUCCAUAUGGGCCUAGAAAAACACAUCGAUACCCAGAAUGGACAUUGUCUCCCCCAGGAACACAACAUGGGAGCCAACCUAGACCCAACAGCUGCUACGAAAUCUACGCCCAUGGCUCCCUAUUCACAAUCCGGGCCCAUUUCCAACGCCUUAGAAAACCUGGACCUGGAUAACGCUCGCAUAGACUUCACUUCCAUCAUUGAUGAUGCGGAACCCUCGUCCUUUAGCCCCUUAAACCAUCCCAUUCAGGGUCAAACCGGGUCUUCCUCGCAGACAUCUUCACGUCUCACCACCCCACAGACCUCGGUCACCUUAUCCAACAUGGCGGUGGGGGAUAUGACGUCCAUGCUCAACUCGCUCGCUGGGGAGAAUAAGUACCUGAACACUUUGUCGUAGGAUACUACUCCAAGCCAACAAUCAAAGAACCUUGUUUUUAUGUUGCCCUCUAUCUACGGCUCACCAGCACAUAUUGGUUCAGUUUGAGGAAAUAUACUGUAUCAUGGAACUUAAAAACCAAAGGUGCCUACAUUUUCCCAUGCUGCCUUUUUUUGGAGGGUUACCCGUGCCAUCCGACUGAAUUCUUAUGAGUUGCAAUCAUUUUAAAGGGAUCCACGGAUAGAAAGACUUGUAGUUCUUAAAAGAUAAACAUUAUUAUGAGUUAAAAUAAUUUGAUAUUGAAACCCCUCUUGAUGUUUUCAUUUUUCUACAAUUUGUAAAGUUAGUUUAACUAGUAGGUCGCCAUUGUUGUUGACGUAGCAAGGCGGUGACGUCACAUGGUUACGCUGCCGAGCUUCCAGAGUAUGACUUUAGCGACAUAAACAUGUCAUAUGUUCAACCCUUUCAAUUUGAAUCCAAGAGGAACAGUAAUCAGCAUGACAGCACUAUCGAAAUUUCACGAAACGUGCAGCAAAAGCACAGUGAACAGGAAAGAUGGGAUGAGAUGAGACAAGACGAGAGUAGGGGGAAAAAACGUGUUCUGCCAAAAUGUGCCACACUGGUGAAAUGUCCUACAAGAGGCGAAUUUGACACCCAAAGUACUACCGUGCGCUUUCAGUUUGUUUUGUUUAGAUGCAUACAGACAGAACAUACUAAAGAUGCCUUAAGAAAAUACUUCAACGUAGUAAUAUCAAAUAAGGUCGGAUUAAAUACGCUACGUGAAUAAUGUGGUCAACAGAUCAACAAUCUGCUUUAAAGCUACCACAAGAAAACACAAUGCUUAAAGCAGGGGUGCCUAAGUCCGGUCCUCGAGAGCCCCUAUCCAGCUUGUUUUCCAUGUCUCCCUUCUUGAACACACCUGAAUCAAAUGAUCAGCUCGUCAGCAAACUCUGCAGGAGCCUGAUAAUGAUCCUGAUUAUUUGAGUCAGAUGUGUUGGAGGAGGGAGAAAUGGAAAACGAGCUGGAUAGUGGCUCUCAAGGACUGGACUUGAGCACCCCUGGCUUAAAGGUAUGAGACUGAAACACAUGCAAGAAGUAUUUUGAGGCAAUGAAAAGAUAAUAAAAAACUCAAUAAGAACAUGAAUAGUAAGUACUCGCUGCUUUUAACCGGUGUGCGCAUGUGUUGGACGUCUCCCCGAGUAAAAGAAAUUGCAGUAACCCCGUAGUGUUCGUCUAGUGACAGUGACAGACUACGUCAUCGCCCCGAGCGUCCAUUGCGAGUAUAAAACAUGCAGCACUACGUAGGUCGAAACAUGAACUAAAUAUUAUAGAUUUUUAAAUCAAUAGCAAUAUUUCAUGUGUUCCUAAUAACAUAUUUUAGUAAAAGAGAACAAUUGUGGCUUAUUUUAGCCUAUAAGUCUAAAUCCGAGGUUCCCUUUAAUUUUAGUGCAGCAAAAAUUGCAACAUCCAUUUUGCUGAAUAUAGAUGUAUUUUUAUACAAUCAAAUUCGUUACUGUAUUUGAGCAAAAAGUACAACGAAAUAGAAAUAUAUGACAUGAUAGUGCAAACAUAAGAAAUGCAGAGUUAGAAGAAUAUUGAAUAUAUAAAUAAAUGUGUCUAUCUUCAGUUUCAAACUGGCAAUUACAAAAAAAAAAACACCAUUAAAUUUACAACAAAAUAUUAGUACCUGUGGUUGCCAGAAUUGUGCCGUUAAAAAAACGGGAAAGGCACUAAAGCUUACUGUCAAAACAAUAACAUACUCCCAUAAAGAGAAGUUUAUUUUGACUGUUGUUUUAAAGAAAACCACUGUUUAAAAAAAAACAAAAAACCUGCACUAUCUUUCUCAUUCUCACCUCUCUGACAGUUUGAACUCGUAUCACUCUGUGGCAAUCAAGCGUGCUGACUACUGAACCGAUAGCCCAGACUACCUUCAUCUGCCAGUACGCUGUUUUAAGUUUUCAGGGAGUAAGUACUCCUGACCUUCUAAACGCACAGCAAUUAUGCUUUUGUUGUCAGCACGCUCAGCCGCCAAAAUGACGGUGUCGGUCUGAAUUCAAGUUGAAAGCGGGUAGAACAAAAAAAAGGAGCACAGUGAUGUUAGCGCAACCAUCAAGACCAGUUAACAUCUUGGAGUAAAAAUAAAUGACAAUACCCUAUUUUUCUAGCAUAAUUCUCAGUUGAAAAAUAUUUUAAAAUUUAUGGUUACUAAACCGUUUUAAUAUGUAUUUUACGGUUUUCACAUUUUUUCAAUGGUAAAAGUCUGGCAACCACUGCUGCCAGAAUUUGACCAUGAAUUAAUGUGAUUUUUUUUUUUUUUUAAGAUAUUUGUAUUAUUUCCCCAACAGGGCAUUCCAAUGGCAACAAUGGUGACUAGAAGGAUAUGAUGUAUAUAACCUAUACAUACACACAGUAUAUGCUGUAAUAUGUUGUGUAUACGGCAUUAAGACGGAGGGCAAAUCUUUUGUCUCAUGAUGACGCUUUUUUUUGUGAUUGUUCUCAUGAGUGUUAUUAUAAUGAAGUUUUUUUUUGUGGUCGAGGACAAAUACAAAUCCGUAUUAGUAACUAGCAAUCUUAGUAGUCAGCACCAGUGGCCCAGUAGUAUUUCAACACUGUGUAUAAUACACUUAUAGCCUAUCACAAAGACACUCAGGUUACUUUUUUUAUGUCUUGGAAUUGCAUUUCUUAAAAGAGAGUUUGCACUCUACAAGUUUACUUUUAAGUGUUCCGAGAGUAACUGUUUUGCCUCAAUUGCGAGAGUGCAACGAUUCUGCCGUUGAUUUUGUUCUAGUGGACAUGCCUUUGACAAUAUUUUAAUUGGUUUGUAUGUCUAAAAAUAUGAACUGAACGUGAGAAAGGCUCUGUGAACAUUUUGCUCCGCCUUCUUCCCACAUUCCAAAACCAAGUAUGUUAGGUUCAUUGGAGACUCUAAAUAAGGGAUGGGCAAAUAUUCCACAAGGGGCUGCAGUGGGCGCGGGUGUUCGUUGCAACCCAUCAAGAGGACACUUUUUCACCAAUAUGGUGUCUUACAAGUGCAAUCAGUUCAUUGCAGUCAGGUACUUUUUGUUUCCCCGGACCUGUCAUUGGUUAAACUGCCUGUGCUGGAUCAGUUGUAACAAAGACCAGGACCCACUGCUGCCCUUGAGGACGGGUUUCCCCACCCCAGCUCUAAAUUGUCCAUAUAAGAGUGAAUUUAAGUGGAAAUGGUUUGUUUUAUUGUGUGACCAGUCAUUGUGGACCAUGCUUCUCUCACCAAAAGUCAGCUGGAUUAACACUACAAUUUUAAUGGAAACACAGUGCAUUGAGGUACGCAUUUGCCAAUCCGGAAAUGCAUCACUGACCGUAGACUGCAUUAGUUUCACUGCAAUAACAAAACAAUAGCAAUGCAGACUUCAAAGGCGACACACACCAUUGAAGAGCUACCAAAGACCAUUUUAAUGCCCGAGAGACAUGUUACUUAAAACACUAACAACAAUAAAACAUUGACUGAUAGUGCUGUUCAUUGGAAUGUACAUUGAACUUAAUACUAAAUGCUGCCUUCAUCAUGUGCAUGUGUGUUUUGUUUUUAUCCUUUCUUUGGGACUUUUUUGCUGGCAAAAGAAUAUCACUUUUAGCAAAUGUAAAAGCUAUGAGAGUACGUAGCAAUAACUCUAUAAUAGAUUUUAAAGUCAAGUGUUAUAUUUUCUGUACAAUUUUUCUACAUUUUUUUUGUUUCUUUUAUACAAAUGUGCUAUA